UUAUUGUACUUUUUGCCUGCAGGCAGCAAAGGAAUCGAAUUUUCGCGUUUCUUCCGCGGAUUGAAAAGUAUAAAUUAUUACGGUAAAUCGGUCGGAAAAAGGUGCAAAUUUCGGCCCCGGAAACAGUUAACAAAAGAAAUGUUUCAACAAUGAUAACGCUCUUCUCGUUUCUGGUGAUCAUCGUACUGAUCUACCUGGGUAUCACCUGGUUGCUCCCGCAAGGUAUCGGUUACGUGCUCAAACGGAAGUUCAACAUCAAAAUCCGCUUCGGGCGGAUCAGUUUGCCGUUUUCUCUGCGGGACGUGACCAUCUGCAAAAGUGGAUUCUCUGUGCAAAUCGAUGAAAUCUGCAUCCGGAGUAGUUUCUUCAACUCCGAAGUCACCAAGCUGCUGUCGAUCAACAUACGCGACAUCCGAAUCAAUAAGGACAUCAAUAGACGACAGCAAACUGGCGGUUCGAAUGCCGGUGGAACAUCCGCAAGCUAUGGCCAAUCCCAAGAUAUGGGAGGUGGUUCGAGCACCCCAGAUUCAUUCGGAAGCUCAAGCGGAGGUAACAAUGGAGGCAACGGAGCCCGCAAAGGGCGCAAGAUUUUGGACUUUCGCGAGAAGAAAGUUCACCCUAUGAUUAUCAAGUUUGCCCAAUUCAUGGCCGUUCACAUUAACAAUGUUUCAAUAGCAUUACUGAACAAUGAUCACGAUCCCGGAUGGUUGCUUCAUGCAACGGCAAAAGAGCUACACCUAGACGGAAGUCUGGUACACAAUACCAAAACGAUGCUGGUCUCAGCUGCACUGAGCGAUGCCCAGGCUAAGAUUCUCCGCCACUGCCAACCUACUCGGACCAAAAUGAGCGUGAAACUAAACGAAUGCCAACCCUGCCUGGGGGAACUCAGUUUCGGCAUUGCCAUGGACAGUGUUUUGGUGGCUCAUGGACCCAUAUCUUUGGAAAAACUGCAGCUGGCGAUGACGAAUACCAAAAUGGUGCUGCACGGUGGUUUGUACGAGUUCAUCAAGGAUGCCCAAAGUCAGAAGCGACGUCAUCAGAUGUUCCUGAGGCAAAACAGUAUUAGUUUGGACCAGGUUCCGAUUUUCGAUGCUGAUUCGACCUCGAACGGUAGUGAAGCUUACCUAAGGAUCGCACCCAUUAUUCCGAAAAAUUUCGCGAUUAAAAUUGAGAACACAACCAUAUCAGCGGUGAAGGAGAAUAGUUCCAAUGAUUUUUCUGCUACCUUGCAGUCUUUUACCAUCAGUGGAAAGUUCCAGAACCGGAAUAUUCCGGACGAGUUCCGAAUGCCUAUGUUUUAUGUGGGAACGCAGCUGCAGCAGCUGGAAAUCGAUACGAUGCAGGAGAAGCUGUUGUGGUUGGAGCAGUUUAGUAUUGACGCGAAGCUGGAGAAAGAUCUUAUUAAUGUGUACUCGAAGUUGAAAUCGUUCCGGAUGAUCUAUCACCAUCGGGAGAUUUACGGAUGGAUUAGUAAGAACUUUUUCUCCAGUGAGCAGCUAGCGAGGCAGAUGAAUCCCAAAAGUUUGAAGCUGGCUGGUGGAUUGGGUGCUGCUGGGUCUGGGAUUUCCCCGACUGGAUUGAAGGCUGGGGGAGCUUGGGAGGAAAUUUUAAGCCGGGUAGUCAUCACCGGAUGUGCCGAGCUGUGGAAUGUGACGACGGUGUUCAAAUUUGGACCACAGGAGAUUUCCUCGAUCUGCUUCAACCACACCAAAUUACUGCUGGAUCAGUUUAGCGAGUGUCGCAGCAACGUGUACGAGAGUAGGUUCCUGAAUUUGGUGCUCGAAAAGCGACACUGGAGCGCCGAGUUGAUGGUGGAAUCGUUUUGGUGGUCCCUCGGGGCAGUCGGUGGUUCCCCGAAGGACUACGGCCAGAGUUUGAAAAAGAGUCACAUCCGGGGAAGUCCGUUCUAUGUGGGCGUUAGUUUGGUGAAGUUGAGCAGCUACGGAGACUCGACAAAGCUGGAUUUUACGAUUCACACUUUCCGCACCGAGUACAGCCCAAUGUUGGCCGAGUAUUUGGUUCACGCUAAGCAGUGUUUGGAAAAGUAUAGGUCUUCGGAACUGGGAAGGCGACGGCUUUCGGAAGUAGUUGGAAUUUCUUUGGAUGAUGUUGAAAGUGGAACUCCGUCAAAACGAGGAGGUAAACCUGGACUUCUGAUUAAUGCCAAAGUGACAGAUGUGACCUGUUUUUUCUUCAAUAAGUUUGAAACAUGUUUGUUGGUAAAUUUAAGUGAGUUAUCGCUGGCAAAGACGGCAGCGAUAAACGUUGUCAAACUGGAUCAUUUGCAUAUGGAGAUUUUGGACUUUAGAAACAACUCGUUCCCGUCGGAGUUUGGCUCCGUGGAUGGGCAGAAUGUGUUUGCCAACUUUAAGGUGAUUCGGGUGGAGUAUUCGGAUCAUUCAAAGCACCCGAAGUUGGCGAUCCACUUUUUGGAGGACACCGGUGCAAUGUGGAAUGCAAAUCUGCAUAUGCAUGUCGUGACGUUGUUUGGCGAGAUAAAGGAAUUGAGAGGGGCUCUCAAAACGAAGCAAAUGGCGCAGCCCCCGUUAGAACUGCCCAAAGAAGAGGUUCCACCCAAAAAGUCGAAGAGAUCCUGGAUCGUUGACCUUUACGCCGAAGGAUCGACGGAAUUCGCCAUCAAGAUAAGCGAUCGCCACUCGAUGCUGCUAUUCAGUGAAAAUUUGUACAUCAGCCGGAAGGAUCGAUGGUUCAUUUCGUUUGAGAAUAUUUUUAUCAAAAUUGACGAUCAGCACAUUUUUACCUUCAAGGACGUCGACUGUCAGCAGUUGUCGGAAAUGGACGCGCUGAGAGGGGAACGGAAGCAUUACGAGCACUUUAGAUUGGCCAGCAAUAAGGUUUGGUUGACGUCGAUUGGGGUGGUGAGGAUCAUAUUCCCUUAUGAUCACGACUUUUAUGGGGCAAUUGUGAACGAGUUUGUUUCGAUCUACAAGUGGUUGAAGGUUAUCCAUGGCUAUAAGAAGAAACCAUUUACGGAAAACUCUCCCCUGCCUAGCGAUAUGUUUAUCCAGAUCAAGGAGUUUUUGAUGGAGAUGAGUGACGAUCCGUUUGAGGUGAAACUUCGGGACAACUAUGUGCUGCUGCUGGACGAAUUUAACGAAAGUGUGAAACGGAAGGUGCUGUUUGACCAGAAAAUUGCGCAGCUCUGCUCGGAACGAUUGAUUUUGCCAACAGGAACGCUGGAAGAGCUGAAUGCCAACUUUAUAAAGAUGAACUCGGAGAUCUACAUUCAACGGUCGAAGCAAUUGGCGAAAACGGAACCACCCCGUACCAGGCUGAUCGCGUGGAUCAUGACAGAUCUGGAGAUCAUGGCCAUGGCCGACCCAUCGGUUCACGGUGCAGAGAAUGCGGUGCGAGUGAUCCGUGAAAUCGAUGCCGAGAGCCCCUGGCCUGAGGAGGGAAUCGAGUUUGUCACCUUGUGGUGUAGGGCGGUUAAUGUGAGUUGUACCGAGUGGAAGUUUAUGCUACGGGACUAUCCGCAGCCGAUGUUCCACGUGAAGGCGAUGCAUCUGUUCGGACAUUUGGCUGGGGCGGAAAUGGCGCCUCCUAGGAGAGCUAAGAGAGACGUGGAUAUCGAGAUCGGGGACCCAUUUGGAACGCAUACCAUUCAGCGAAGCAUGACUUCGAUCAAAUUUUAUCACGAUUUCGAUUGGGAGCUGGAUUAUUUGGCUUAUGCUUUUGGACCCUGUUGGGAACCGGUAAUGGCACAGUGCAAUUUAAUGAUGGAGAAGAUUUCUGCGCCUUCCAGGGAUCCGAGUCCCCCUCUUCCGUUUUGGGAUAAGAUGCGUCUGUUAAUGCAUGGUCGCCUCACGAUUAUCGCAAAGCAGUUUACGAUUCUUUUGCAUGCUUCUCUCGAUCCGUACAACACCACAGAAGAAAUGGAACUCACGUGGAACAAUUGUGGAAUUGUGUACACCAAUGCGAAGAUCAUGUUCAAAGGGGAUCUAAACGUGUACGUGAGAACUGCCUCCCGUUACGACGAUUGUCGCCUUCUUCAUCUACCCAACCUUAGGCUUACGUUCAAAUUGAACUGGAUCUGUCUAGCCAAUCCUAAUGAUCAUCACGCGGUGAUCCCCUGCGCCCCUGACAAGCUUCCUGAGUACUCCAGUAAUCAAGUGCACGACUCGUUCCGAGCCUUCCGAUCCCAAAACCUCAACAUCGGCAUUUCUUUCGAAAUCAAACAGAACACUUCGGACCAGGACAUCCCGAAUUUGGUGCUAUACGGCAGCACCCUUCGAUGGUUCGAAAGUUUGAAGCUGAUCUUGUCCGGUGUGACAAGACCAACCCGUCGGGGACUUGUCUUCAACAAUGUUCGACCGCGGAAGAAGCAGCUAAGCCGUCACUACCGGCGAGCGAAUUUGCAGAUGAGUCUACACAAGUUCCAGAUUUUCUACUGGAUGUCACAUGCAUUGAAUCGAGGUUUUCAGCUGAAUGGUGGUCGGAUUUCUUUAAGCUCGGAACACACCUUAACGCUUUCUCCGAUCGACGAUGGCUUAAUCCACCGACCUCGAGCCGAUUGGUCGAUUAUGUACAUGAACAGCGAGCUGAAUGACGCCGAAAUUUGGCUGAGAACCAAUACCAUCAUCGAUCGUACCUACGGUAGCUCGGAAAGUAUUUCUAAUUCCAACGGGGAUAUUUGUCGGUAUUAUUUCUUGAGUGUUGCAAGAGUGUCCUACGGGCGAGAAGCACUACUCGUCAAUGGGACAGAAAGGGAAAAGGAUACACCGACCCACAAGCUGGUGGUGUACGAUUUGAAGGGAGCCUGGACCAAGGACAACCGGGACGUUGCGUUUGCCCUCUUUGAUUCGUUUAUGAAGAGUCAACGGUUGAAGAAUAAUUUGCAGACGGAAGCGCUGAAGUGUUUCCGUAAGGAGGGUAACAAUACCCCGUUGAAGCAGUCCCGUAACAGUCAGGACAAGGGGUCGUCUUCGUCACAGCACCAUUCAGUUAGUCAAGCACAUCUCAGGGACCGGCAAAGGCAGGAGACUUCGGAUGGUUUAGUGAUGUUGCAACAGUUGAUUUCGGAGGCAGAUCAUAAGUCUGUGGUUUUCAGUGAUGAUUUGUCUGCUCAAACGCGGCAGCAGCAGUUGAAGGGAUUGCAAGCUUGCCAGGAUGGGGACGUUUUGCAUUACAAUUGGUUCAUUUCGUUGGUGAACUCUCAGGUGCUGCUGAAAGGAUGCGAGACUUCGGGGUAUGUUAUUUUGAGUGCUGCGAAGGCAGAAAUCUUACAACGCGUUCACAGGCCGGUGUGGCGAGAUCAUACGAUCGUGUCCAAAACAACUUGGGUGGGAUCACUCGAAUGCAUGCAGUAUUAUGCUACCGUUAGUGCCGAAGAUGGUGAUACUAGGGAGAUGGCCGAGAUUAUGUGGCUUACUGUGGACAACAUUCAGGAGAAGGAUCGAGACUCAACUGCGAUCAAUGAGUAUCCCGAUUUGCCUCACUUAGUAGGAAGUGGACAAAGUGUUGGCGGAGUUGUUUCCGAAACGGUCGGCGUAUCCGGUGAUAGUUACAAGGAUGGAAAAUGUCCCAUCCAGCUGCAACGAAUUGUUUCUAGAUGUAAGUGUGAAUUUUUCUACGUUAGCUACGGUGAAACCAGUAUUGAUCCGACGACGAUCAGCGAAGUUCCUCCUCCUCCGGUUGAAGAGAGUUUGAGCCCUUGGGAGAAUCAGGACGAGCCAGUCGAUGCCUUCACGUUGAUGCAUCACGAUUUGGACGUUUGCACUAAUUCCCUUCAAUAUGCUAUGAUUCUGGACAUCGUUAACAACCUUUUACUGUACGUGGAACCACAAAGAAAAGAAGCUUUGGAACGUUUAGCUCGAAUGCGUUUUCAGUUACAACUUCACAGCAGUGAGGAUCAAAAACGCCCAAUUCAACAUUUGCAAACAGAGAUUCGAGGGUUGAUGUCUCGAAUACGCUGCUUUGAAAAAGAUAUCCAUUUUAUAACCAAAGCUCGGCUAGAAGAAGGGGACAACGAUGAGUUACGAAUCGAGUACGAUGACGUGCAGAAAAUUAUUCGAGAGCAUAAGGAGGUUCUUUCCAACAAAAGUGAUGAGUUGGACAUUAUGCUUUCGUGCUACAAUGAGACGCAGCUGUCUGCCUCAAAUCGUUUAGCUACCAUCCGAAAAGAUAAACCCCUAACCAUUGUUAGAGCCAAUGAAAUAUGCUUUAAGCAUGCUCAAUGGCGACUCACUGAAGCUGACGGACAAAUUGGCAUAGCCGAUUUGAUCCUGAGCAAUUUCCUGUACACCAAAAAUUCUAAAAGUGAUAACUCCGUCGACCAUUUACUAGAGCUAGGGUACAUACGUAUCAACAACCUCAUCCCGCGGGACAGCUACACCGAGGUUCUCUGUCCAACAGAAAUCCAACGAGAUAUGCCCGUAGAUCACAAACGAGUGCUCCGUGUAUUCUGCCGGGAAAAACCUCCGGUCGGUGGAAUUUCCGUCAAAGAACACUUCGAAAUAAAUGUGGUACCCGUCACGAUUGCCAUCUCGAAAAAGUUCUAUAACACAAUGUUGAAGUUCUGUUUCCCGGAUCGGGAUGCCCUCGAAGUGGAGGCUAACGAUGACCUGGAAGAUGGUGCCAGUUCCAGCUCUACCUCGUCGCUCGCUACCAAGAGCUCGUCCAAAAAGUCUUCCGCCUCCUCCUCGAAGGGUAAAAAGAGUGCCAAGGACAGCAACUUCUAUGUUAAGAUUCAGGACGACGUUGAAAAGAUGAAGGAAAGGGCCGAGAAAAAUAAGCUGUUUAUCUAUAUCAAAAUUCCGGAAGUUCCGGUCAAGGUCAGCUACAAGGGUAACAAGGAGAAAAAUAUUGAAGAUAUUACGGAUCUUUCGCUGUUGAUUCCGACGCUGGAGUACCACAAUGUAACGUGGACCUGGUUGGAUUUGCUGCUGGCGAUGAAAUCGGACAGCCGUAGGGUUUUGCUGUCGCAGGCGAUUAAGCAAAAACUGAAACUGAAGAAGGCUCUAGUCGACGAACAACCUUCCCCACAGGAAGAGGACAAGGCCAAGAUGCUGUUCGGCAAUCGACAUGCGAGAGCUCGAAACAAGCCGGAAAAUAAAAGCCUACGCAAAGGAGUGUUCAAAUUUUCAAAAUCCUAAUACAAAUAGGUUCUACUUGAUGGAUUCCGAAGAACCAGAUCGCAUCAGUUUCUUCCGACUUGUAUCAUCCAUAUUGUUUGGUGUUUUUUCCACAAUUGGUAGCUGCAUAGUUUUAUAAAAGUCCACACUACUCUAUAAUCCGAAAAAAAAAGAAAAAAAACUUGCAUCUAGUCCCAACGAAUUCAAAUAAGAAACAGAGAAUCAUCACAUUUUUUUCGCUUGAGAUAGCAAAUUGUUUUAGAAGAUGCUUUUCCCUUUUUUAAAACUUUGACCAAAUAGUAGGAUACCGUAAAUAGUGUUUUGUUCCUAGAAACAAAAAAAAAAACAAAUCUUUCCUGGAAAGAACCAGAUAGAGACAAUAGAGCGAAUUAAGGUGAUUGAUUGUUGCUUCCUUUCGGUUUAGCAUAACUUAGUAGCUUAUAAUAAAAAAAUACUAUUAUCAGCCCAGGGCAACAGGUUUCCUCUUUCGUUCGAAACAGAGCAAUAAUAUAAAAUGUUUGUGCAUACGUGAUAUGUGAUGAAGUUGAAAAAAAUGGUAUAAAAGAUUUUCAAUAUUUAA